AUGCCCUCGCCCACGGAUGACGAGACGCCGUUCCCUUCCCUAGGCCACGCCGCGACCUUUGGCAACUUUGGGCGCUCGCACCUCUCCCCGCAAGAUGCGCACCUCUCGCCCCCGCGGCGGGCACGCGAUUUCGACGGCGACGGCGCGCCCGACAUGAGGCGGCUCGGCGGCGGCGGCGGCAGCGACAGGAGCAGGAGCCGUCGACGGAAGCGCGCCUGGAAGAAGCUCAUGUGGGUGAAGCAAUCCUGCAACGUUUCUCGAGAACCUCCAACGCAACCCGCGCCUCAAGCCGUACGACUUUUGGCCGCUCGUCGCCGACUCCACCGUCAUCCUGCAGCACGUCUGCUCCGUGACCAUAUUCAUCGUCUGUUUCGUGGGCAUAUACCACGAGCGCGUGUCGCCCGUGUCGGUGGUCAGCUGGAGCAGCCUGGGCACCUUUGUGGGCUGGAUCCUGUGGGAGCGCUGGGUGUCCGAGGAGGAGGACGAGGAGGACGAGGCCAACGCGGCGGCGGCGGCGUCGGCGGUGGCCCAGGGGAGCGCGGCCCCGGCGCCCGUCGUGCGCGCAGGCCGCCGCACCCUCUACGCGUCGAGGCCAUGUCGUCGCCGGUGCCGACGCCCUCGAGCGGCGCGCCUUCGCCGGCGGGCUCUACCGCGAGUCUACACGGCCGCCUGGCCCCGUCUACUACCGCCGCCGCCACUUCCACCACGACGACGGCAACGUCCCCGUCCCGCCUGACGCCUAAGACGAGCAGCGAGGCCCUCCGCGGCGGCAGCGUCCCGGCCGCGGGCGAACCCCUCGUGCCGCUCGACGAGAACCGCACGCACCAGCGCCUCGGCACCAUCAAGUCGGCGCUGCUCAUCUGGUCCACGCUCCUGGGCCUCAGCCCCAUCCUUAGGUCGCUCACCGAGUCGACCAGCAGCGACAGCAUCUGGGCCAUAUCCUUCUGGCUGCUCGCCAUCAACAUCUUCUUCUUCGACUACUCGGGCGGCGUGGGCGCCAAGUUCCCCGCGUCGCUGUCCACCAACGCCGCCCUCAUGGCGUCGACGGUGCUCGCCAGCCGCCUGCCGUCCACGGGACAGGUGUUUAGCCUGACGCUCUUCAGCAUCGAGGUGUUUGGGCUGUUUCCCGUGUUCAGACGCCACGUCCGCCAUCGCAGCUGGAGAUAUCACGUGGUGCAGACCGUGGUGCUCGUCCUCGGCGCCGGACUGGGCGUGGGCAUGGUCGUGGGAGCCGUUCAGGGCUCGCGGUGGCCUUGGAAGAGCGGCAUCGUGGGCAUGGUCUUCUCCGUCGUCAUCGCCGCCCUGGCCACCGGCGGAUGUAGCUGGUGGCUGAUUGGCCUGCAAAAGUACAAGAACGAGAUCAGGGGCCCCUGGGAUCCUGCUCGGCCGAUUAUUAUGAGUAGGACCAGGUGGGAUGAUGGGUGA